AUGUUUGACAAACAAUCACCAUCAAAAGAACCUCCACCACCACCAAUAUAUCUUGAUGACGUCAUUGACAUUCAAACACUGACGGGAUUUCCAGAAAAGGCCAUUAACAAAGAAGACUACAAAUUAAGAAUAAAUAACGACCAAGUAGUCCAAGGAAGUCAACCUAAAGGAAAUAUGCCAGAUCCUCAAUGCAACACCAACGGAAACCAUAAUAAUAACCCUCACAUCGUUAAAAAUGUCUGUAGACUGGACAAACUUAUUGAAAAAGAUGAAGAGGAAAAAGAGAAUCAAAAUCAGGGUAGAGAAGAAAAACCAUUUGAUGAAGUAAUGACAGAACAAUUGAAAUCAUUUGAGACCAUGUCAGCGAGAAUGGAACACAUGCUGACGGAAAUAAGCAACGGAAGAGAGGAACUAGAAAAGAAAGUGGAAAAAGAGGUCGGGGAGGUGACAAAGAGGAUAGAAGGAAUAGAAACCAGAUGGAAAAUAAAGGAAGAAGGACUAAUGAAAAAAGUAGAGGAAAUGCUAAGAAGAGUAGAAAAGAAAGAAAUAGAGGAAAAGAAAGGAAGAGGAAAAAGAAGCCUUGAUGGCGGAAGUUAUGGUGGAGGUAGGAAAAGUUUUACAGAAAGAAACAAAGGAGAAAAAAGAAGAAGAAAGAACAUGAGGGAAACUGGCAGGAGAAACAGACCAAAGCAUACAAAUAAAGGCUAG